GUGUCGUCGAUUUUGCAAGACGUCAAAAAUCCGGCAUCUGUGUCAUCUGGGCAUCUGUGUCCGUGGCAUCUGUGUGGGGCCACCCUUAUAUAACAUGCUAAUGUAAAUUUGAUAAUGUCCAAGAUGAACUCCUCCACGCGAAACCUCAGAGUCCGUUUGCACUACAGCCCCACACCCAACGGCUGGAAAGUCGCAAUUUUGCUGCUCGAGGCAAACAUCGAUUUCGAUGUGAUUCCGUAUCCUAUAGAGAAAUUAUGUCCCCACCCCAUACGUCCAGAUGAAGAGUGAUCUGCUACACAAAUCCACAAGCUUUGGCUGUCGCGUGUGACAAGUUUAGGCCCGUAGGAGAGUAAGUAGAAGUAGUCCUAUUUAGCUAGUGCAGCCGCAUCACAAACCGAUCGCAGUUUUAUCCUGAUUCGAGCACGACAAAUGAUUUCUGAACUACAGCAUCACAAAAUGCUCCUCAUGGGGUUGCGGCAUGAAAAACUACAUUUUAGGGGUGAGGAUUUGCAUGACAACAAUAAACUUUGGGACGAUGGGGACAUCAUUUUUCUUCACCAUAUUUCGGUGGAUUUAGCGCGGGGGGAGCAAUAUGGGGAGGACUUCCUGAGAAUCAGCCCGAACGGGAAAAUGCCUGCGGUGGAGGUAAUUCGUAGUGCUGAGGCUGACCACGAUAGAAGUACAAGAAGUUUACAGCUCAACACAGUCGAUGAUGUUGAGGACCAUGGCGCAUCUAGUUCGUCCAACUUCGAAGUGCAAGAGACCCUGUUCGAGUCAGGUGCGAUUAUCCUGUGUGAAAACGACGUCGACGUCCAUCCCAGCAAGAUGAACCCAGAAUCAACUAGAAAAUGGCAGUUAGUUUUGCAGCUACACAGGCCAAAAAGUCUUCGCUGUUGCGCAUGAAGUGUCUUGUUCCGGCGCUGGGAGGUAGCUAGUCCAGUCCCAGUCGCAUCACAGACCUAGCUUUUGACCCUGCCUAAAACAUGGAAAAGUGGAAGUCCCCGAGAGCAUGCAGAAACGCGCAUGACACAGCGCAGUCUGCGCACUAUUACUAUACAAAUACCAAUACGCCUGACAAGUGUGGUUUGGGGGAAGAAGCGCUUUUUCACAGUGAUGGCGAUUAUGUACUGGCUAGCAAAGCGGUGGUUCCGAAAGGAGUGCCGAGUAUUUUUCCCCAACAAGUUCGAGAAAGACAUCUUGGAGUGGCUGUUCUGGGUGAACAGCAACCUCGGGCCGGUGGCGGGGAGUGUCUUAUCGUACGAAAAAACUGCUUCGCUGUAAGGAUUUUGCAAGUUUCGCAUUACAAGUUCGCUCUUACACAUGACAAAGAAAACUUGCCAUGCGAGGUUGCUGCUAAGGGAAAACACGGGUAAAAAUCACUUGUCUUGCAUGUGUCGCAAGACAAACACUUCGGCGAUGCAUUUCCUGCAUUACAACAAAGUUACAGUGAAGCAGUUUUUUCUUUCAAUAUGUCUCACACUACUUGUACUACGCGCCAAAGAUCGUACAAGCACAGCUGAUAUUCUGUGCAAAAGUAUCGUACUCGUAGUGAUCGCAAACAUGCAUUACAAAUCUUGCUCUUAAAAAGGAAAAACUGCAUUACAAAUUUUAUUUCUCAUGCUGAGGAAAUUUGUAAUGCAUUUAUACGAGUGCAAUACUUUUGCACUUCAUAGCUGACCGCGGCUCCACCGCCCAGGACAACUGAUGGCGGGGAUGAACAGCCAACAUGCGAGGCAAAAGAAACAGAUCCAUCCCGCCUUCGUGCUGCUGCUGCUGCUGCGGCUUGCAGUAAUAUUACAGAAUACGGCCUUGCGCGUGCGCGUACAACUGAGUAUUCCCGCUUGCUUAUCACGAGAAAAAAGUGCUACAGUUACACAUUUGUUGGAGUUUCUGCAACACAAAUUUUCCCUGUGUGGCAGGCAUAACUUGUGAUGCGAAGAUCAUAAGGUAAAAUACGUAGGAAACGAGGCUCGCAAGCACUUCCUGCAUGAGAAAGGUUAUCUGUGUUGCCGGUGUUGCAACGCAAUGCGUAACUGUAACACUUUUUUCUUGCGAUAUUGCUUCACGUUCUGGAUAAGCGGGUCGAGAGGAAUAUGCCCUGCAAAAGCAUCGCGCUACACCUACGUAUACAUCGCAUGACAAAUUUCCUCAGUAUAGCAAAUGGAACCUGUCAUGCGGAUUUACCUAGAGAAGGAGAUUUGUCUUCGCAUAUUUAUCGCCACCACUACGAGUACGAUUAUACUUUUGCAGUGCAUAAGGACGUCCGGUUUUCUCGCCGGCGACAAGUAUACCAUCGCGGAUAUGUAUGCAAGAAAAAAAGAACUCUGUAUUAGUGUAAGUCUGUGAAGAUGUUGCAGGACCAGUAUGUACUAAAACAAGUUUAUCACAACUUGUCAUGCCAGACGACCACCACGAAGUCCACCUCUCGGCUUCAUGUGUGUACGUUUUCAUCGUCGUUCCGUGCUACUAACUUGUACACUAGAGGCUUUGUGCAUGUGCUCUGUAAUGCAGAGAUGAUGUACAAGAACUCAACAGCAUAUGCUAUCACUCCACCAAAUAAAAACAGCAGCUACUUACACAAGUGAAGAUCGACAGGAGUUUAAUAUUUUUCCUAUAGAUAAUAGGGCGGCGUGGCCCUGGGUCAAGCCCUGGAAGCGGUUUGAAAAGCAGAAUAGGUCUUUGAAAGAUUGCGGCCUGAUUUACGCAGACGCGUGGUACGAGAAAAUUAAACAGCGACCGGCGGUAUAUCAAAGGGAAAAAUCCCCCCUCCCCAUAUCGAAACGAAGUUUCUGAUGCUGGAUUUGCGUACACAAAUCAGGUCUGUCUUGCUGGAGAGGACUGCAGGCAUAUGCCAAGCCUGGGUCGAGAGGUUUUGAUGAGGGGAUUAGCAUGACAUUGACAGAUGUCGGCUCUGUAAGCCCAACAGCAUCACAAACCGCCGGCAUAAUGCGGCGGACUCUCUGGCUUUGCCUUCUUGCAAGACAGACAGGAUUUGUGACCUCAAAUCUGCAUCACAAAUUUUCAGACGAAAGCGCUUUCAAUAUGGGGAGGGGGGAUUUUUCCUCUCAAUACGGUAGUGCAGGCUCUGAAGGUGAUGGAGAAGGAGGCACGGGACAUGCAGAAACUGAGGGACAGUAAGGAUAGUGUAAACUACACUUCAUCGCUUGGGGAGAAAGAACGGAAAAUUUUGUUUCACAAGUCGAAGAUGUGAACUGUGGCUGUGUGUAAAUGUAAAAUUGAUAUGCAGGAGAAAGUACUAUGCGAGGCCGAAAGCUGAAACACUUGUUCUUGUUGGGCUCAGUUCAUGCCUCGUCCAGAGCACCUCAUUAUACAGUACUAAACCAUAACCACUCGCAAGUGUUCAGCUUUGACGCCUCACGCAAGGAG